GCUACGUUAUAAACUCUCCUCGUUUUUUCUCGACUGGUCUUUAUUAUCAUUAAUGAGAAGCACGGCCUCUUCGGUCCAACGGGGCUGCGGACGGUAGUCACCUGUCAUUGGGCUCGAGGGAGAGGCGAGACCCCGCUGGGGACUCUUUUUCGUGGCGGAGGCCGCUUUGGGCCUGGACAUUUCACGACGGGGGAGGUGCUGUACGUCCAAGAUGGCGGCGCCCUGUAGGCUGGAGGAACUGUGAGUGACCAUGAAGGACACCAGGUGGACAGCACUGGAAACGGAAGUGCUGACUGUCCCCAGAAUAGCCUGGCUGUGGCACCGAUGAGGAGCCCUCGGAGCCUGUGACGCGCGUCCUGGACCCCGCGCAGCGCGUCCCCGGGAGGAGAUGGCCCAGCAGGCGAACGUCGGGGAGCUCCUCUCCAUGCUGGACUCCCCCGUGCUGAGUGUGCGCGACGACGUCACCGCCGUCUUCAAAGAGAACCUCAGUUCUGACCGCGGUCCGAUGCUCGUGAACACCUUGGUGGACUACUACCUGGAGACCAGUUCUCAGCAAGUCCUGCACAUCCUGACGACCCUGCAGGAGCCACACGAUAAGCACCUCUUGGACAAGAUGAACGAGUAUGUGGGCAAAGCCACCUCUCGGCUGCCCACCCUCUCGCUGCUGGGGCACGUCAUCCGGCUGCAGCCGUCCUGGAAGCAUAAGCUCUCUCAGGCUCCGCUCCUGCCUUCUCUGCUGAGAUGCCUCAAGGUGGACACUGACGUCAUCGUCCUCACGACCGGGGUCCUGGUGCUGAUAACCAUGCUGCCGAUGAUCCCGCAGGCAGGGAAGCAGCACCUGCACGACUUCUUCGACAUCUUCGGCCGCCUCUCGUCGUGGUGCCUGAAGAAACCAGGGCACGUGGCGGAGAUCUCCCUCGUCCACCUCUACACCAGUGUUUACGCUCUCUUUCACCGCCUCUACGGCAUGUACCCCUGCAACUUCGUCUCCUUUCUGCGCUCGCACUACAGCAUGAAGGAGAACUUGGCGACCUUUGAGGAAGUGGUCAAGCCGAUGAUGGCGCACGUGCGGAUUCACCCGGACCUGGUGACCGGAUCCAAGGACCAUGAACUGGACCCUCGGAGGUGGAAGAAGUUAGAAACCCACGAUGUCGUAAUCGAGUGUGCCAAAAUCUCUCUGGACCCUACGGAAGCCUCGUACGAGGAUGGCUGCUCCGUGUCUCACCGCCAUGCAGCCCGCUGCUCCCACCACCCCGCCGAGGCCCCCGCCAGCCCUUACGCCGACACGCCGAACAGCUACGGGAGUGUGACUUCCACCCCUCGCUCCGAGGCCCGGCCCACGGCGUCCAGCACGCCGGGGCAGCUACCUCCGCCCCUGAGCCUCCCUGCGCCGCCGCGGCUGUCCACGGAGCCGCCGCAGGCCGCGCUCUGGAGCCCGUCCGUGGUGUGUGGCAUGACCACUCCUCCGACCUCCCCUGGAACCGUCCCUCCCGACGCGUCACACCCUUACAGCAAGGUCUUCGGAGGAAAAGGGACGCCCCUGGGCACCCCCGCCACCUCUCCUCCUCCGGCCCUGCCCUGCCACGCGGACGACUUCGCGCUCGCGCCCCUCCCCCAGCCCGCAGCGGCGCCCCCCCGCAAGGAGGAGAGACCGGACCCGGCCCGGCCCAGCCUGCACAGACAGCCGCACGUCCCGAGCGACCGAGGGCCAGAAGAGCUCUCCGGCAGCAAAGGCUCCGUCGCCCUGAGUGACCUCUCGGAGUUCCUGGGCGACCUGGCCUCUGAAGAAGACAGCAUCGAGAAGGACAAAGAGGAAGCGGCGAUAUCGAAAGAGCUUUCUGAGAUCACCCUGGCCGACGCCGAGCCCCUGGUCCCUCGAGGCGGCUUUGACUCUCCCUUCUACCAGGACAGCCUCCCGGGCUGUCCGAGGAAGACCACCCCUUCCACCGCCUGCAGCGUCCAGGGCGCCUUUGUGCACCCCGAGCCCUUCAACUCCUCCCUGGACAAGCUGGGGCCCGACGCCCCGAAGCAAGCCUUCACUCCCAUAGAGCUGCCCGGCGCGGGCGCCGACGAAGGCCCUGCCGGGCCCGGGGGACGCCGGAUCCCCCUGGAGACCAGCAUCGUCACUCCCAGCCCUUGCAAAACCCCGCCUCAGCGGGGCCCGCGCUCUGGAAGUGGGCAGCCUCCCCUCUACGACCACCUCUUCGAGGUGGCGUUGCCAGAGACCGCCCAUCGCUUCAUCGGCAGGAAGAGCGCGGAGCUGCUGGAGAGAGUGAGGGGGGGCGCCCAGGAGGACUGUGCCCCCUCUGCCUCCCCGCUGGAGGUGCUGGACAGGCUCAUCCAGCAGGGGGCCGACGCACACAGCAAGGAGCUGAGCAAGUUGUCUUUACCCAGCAAGUCCGUCGACUGGACCCACUUUGGAGGCUCUCCCCCCGCAGAUGAGGUCCGCACCCUCCGCAACCAGCUGCUUUUACUGCACAACCAGCUGCUCUAUGAGCGCUUCAAGAGGCAGCAGCACGCCGUGCGGAACAGGCGGCUCCUCCGCAAGGUGAUCAGGGCGGCGGCUCUGGAGGAGCACAACGCGGCCAUGAAAGACCAGCUGAAGCUACAGGAGAAAGACAUCCAGAUAUGGAAGGUCAGCCUGCAGAACGAGCAAGCCCGGUACAGCCAGCUGCAGGAGCAGCGGGACACGGUGGUCAGCCAGCUGCACAGCCAGAUCAGGCAGCUGCAGCACGACCGGGAGGAGUUCUACAACCAGAGCCAGGAGCUGCAGACAAAGCUGGAGGACUGCAGGAACAUGGUGGCGGAGCUGCGGCUGGAACUCAAGAAGGCCAACAGCAAGGUGUGCCACACCGAGCUGCUGCUCAGUCAGGUGUCUCAGAAGCUCUCGAACAGCGAGUCGGUGCAGCAGCAGAUGGAGUUCCUGAACAGGCAGCUGCUGGUUCUCGGGGAGGUCAACGAGCUGUAUCUGGAGCAGCUGCAGAACAAGCACUCGGACACCACGAAGGAAGUGGAAACAAUGAAAGCCGCGUGUCGGAAAGAGCUAGAGAAGCACAGGAGCCACAUGCUGCAGCAGAGCCAGAGGCUGGACACCUCCCAGAAGCGGGUGCUGGAGCUGGAGUCUCAGCUGGCCAGGAAGGACCACCUCCUCCUGGAGCAGAAGAAGUACUUGGAGGACGUCAAGCUGCAGGCCAGAGGGCAGCUGCAGGCCGCGGAGAGCAGGUACGAGGCUCAGAGGAGGAUCACCCAGGUGUUCGAACGGGAGGUCUUAGCCUUGUACGGCAGGCUGGAGAAGGACGGCCUCCUGAAAAAGCUUGAAGACGAGAAAACGGAAGCAGCGGAAGCAGCGGAAGAAAGGCUCGACUGUUGUAACGACAGCUGCUCGGACUCUGUGGCAGCGCAUAGUGAAGAGGCAUGUGGCCGCAACGGUGAGACCACCCCCAGGCCCGGCGGCGCCCGGGGCGCUGGGGGCGGCAGAGGCGCUGGGGGCAGCAGCAGCAGCAGCAGCAGCAGCCAGCUCUCCACCCCGGAGAAACCGCCGAACCCGCGGGCCGGCCCGUUCAGCGGUCGGUGGGAGAGCACCCUGGGCGAGCCCUCCGCCAGCCUCCCCACGACUGUCGGCUCACUUCCUAGCUCCAAAAGCUUCCUGGGCAUGAAGGCUCGCGAGUUGUUCCGUAACAAGAGCGAGAGCCAGUGCGAUGAGGACGGCGUGGCCGCUGGCAGCCUCCCUGAGACCCUAAAGACAGAGCCGGGCAAAGACCUGGGUGUGGAGGCCAAGACUCCCCCACAGCCUGAUGGCCCGCCCCCGUGUCCCCCGAACCCCGACAGUGUGGGACAGCUCCGCAUCAUGGACUACAACGAAACUCACCCUGAGCACAGCUAAGGCAGGGCGGUCAGUGUUAGCCUGCGUGCGGCCGGGCACGGCCCGGGGGUGGGGCCUUCUCAGCGCUCCUGCUCCCGGGGUUUGUGCGGUGGAAGAGGGACGCAGGGCCUUUUGACAGCCCACGGAUGCAGAACGGUUUCUGGGUCUGGCAUCGAAACGCCCCAUAACCCCGCCCCCCGCCCCCCGCCCCAUGGUUUUCCUAGCAGUGCGCACCAGUCCCGGGCCAGUUCGCCUUCCUCAGCAGCUUCGCCCUCUCCCCUCCCCAGCGGCUGGGCCCUUGAGCCAGUGCAAUAUGAGGCCAGGUUUCGAGUCUGACGCACCACUCUGCCCCCCGGAGCCCGGGCGGCUGGGCUGUCCACCAGCGGGGAGUUAGCCAGGUGACAGGUGGCAUCGCAGGACACUGCUGUCUGCCCUUCCUGGAGGAGGUGGCGCGCGAAGCCGGCAUCCUCCCGUGAAGGACACUUUCACAGGAGACUCCCGCUGCUCCCGGCCCUGAAGGCCGGCGGCUGAAGCAGCAGUGAGAAGAACGGUGGCGCGGUCCGCUCACAUCCCUCGGCGGUCCCGGUGAGCCUCCCGGAAGGUCUUUGUGAGCAGAGGUCUGUUGCUGGGAAACCUGGAGCCGGCGCCUGGGAGACCGCCGUCCCCUUCGGGGGCCCUGUCCGCUCCCCCACUACCUCUUAUUUAUUCGGCGUGUGCU